AUGUUACAUGCAUCGAGUUGUAGGUCAGCCAAUGUGACGGUGCGCUCAGUUCUUAGCAGUCGUCCCACUUUGGAGUUGUUGUGCCAUUUCGUCGACACUCCGAUCGAGAGGUCAUUGUAUCGCAAGAAUUGUGUGGAAGAGACUCGACAUCAGCUCUCUUUAAUUAUAUUAUCCAUACUUUUUGCCGUCUGUUUUGAUAUCGGUGAGAGUCAGGCGAGGGCUGGACAGGCGGCUCAGAAUUUGUGCAGAAAUAAGAAUAGCGGAAUGUUUCCGCACGAAGAGUAUUGCGAUUACUAUUAUACGUGUGACGCCAAUGGAGAGGCAGUGAUCGAGGCCUGUCCUAAUGGACUCGCUUUUGCCGGACACAAGAGAGGACUCGUCACAAAUUGCGAUUAUCCCCAUAGAGUUGGCUGUCCUGAUGGCACUCGAGUGAUGGGCCAGCAACCAAUUGGUGGCGACAACUGCCAGUGGCAGUACGGGGUGUUCCCUCACGCGACCUCUUGUACCCGAUACUGGCAUUGUUGGAACGGAACGGCCACAAUUCAACAAUGUCCAUUCUCACUCCUCUACAACGAUGUGAUCCACUCCUGCGAUUGGCCCGACAAUGUGCCCGAUUGUCAAAAGCACCCAAUCUGUAAGGAUGUGCCCAACGGUGCUGUCCUUAUCGAGAAGAGUUGUGUCCGAUACUGGCUUUGUGUCGGCGGUUAUCCCCGUCUGCAGAGAUGUCCGGCAGGUCUGGCCUUUAAUCCAAACACUCUAAGAUGUGAAUUGGCUUCAACUCUGGAUGGUUUUGAACCGCCGCCGACUACUGCCAACCCCGAGGACGACGAGGAAGAAGGCGGUGAUGCGAACUCGAAUAAGCCGAGCGCUGCAACCAAUUCUCGGCCGCAGCCACAGAACAAUCCGACUCCGCAACAAUUCAGGCCAUCGCAGUCGGGUGUGAGACUUGUGGGCAAAUAAAUACGAUUCACUCACAAAUCGGACGUCACGUUAUGUCGGAUCCACACCAUUAAAGUCAAUUUGAAGUAAUGCCAUAACAUUGUGAAUGACAACAGUUUUUCUUUACACACAUCUAAUACAUGGAUAUAAUAUAUCGUCGAAUCAAUAAUAUUAAACACGAAUCGAUUUGUUUAUUAAUAAGUAUAUCUAUAUUAUAUAAAAGUAUACAUAUAUUUAAAAAAGUUUUAUACAAAUAAUUCAAUUGGC